AUGGGAAUGCAGCCUUUAAACCGCUACGACCGCAACAGAAAGCCCAACAGACUCAAUGUCAACAGUGACCUUGAGAGCGAUCGCUUGUUCCUUGGACCGUUUGUGCGCCCCCGGUUCAAAGUGCUUCUUGCUGCCAGCACAAGGCAUCCUGUCAACGAGUCAAGUGUAGAGCAUUCCUGUUCAUCAUCGAGUAACAAUGGUGUCCUGCUGUUGUGGGUGUUCACUCUCUACAGGUGCAAAAGUAAUUGGAUGGUUCAGUAUGUUUGGUGCUUCUCUGUCAGCGCUGAUCAUGUGGGGAGGCUUGGAGACAAUCACACAAUUAGAAGAGCAUCCAGAGACCUCAUUUGAGUUUAACUUAGAUAUUAUUGAAUCUGUUUACACAAAAAACUACAAAUUAAAAAUUAAAGCAGCUGUCUUCAAUUAUUCAGUAGCAAGAAUGUUCAUAUGGACACUAAUUGGGUGCUCAUUUGGCUUCCCUGCUUUCUUCUGUGAGUCUUGCUGAUUGGGAGUUUACAGG